AAAAAAGAAGCCCUUUAAACCCAAAAAAACUUUCAAAUUAAUCCUCCAACAAUUGUCCAUUAAUGGCUACCUUCUAUAAAUCCAAAUACCUCGCGGCCGUGCUCCUCUUAUUCUUCAUCUUCACCAUCUCUACAUCGCCAUCUUCCGCCAGGCUCUUGAGCGACUCGCCGCCGUCCACCACGGAGACAACCUUGGACCUUGCUUUAGCCGAUCUCGUCGAAGUCGAAGACCACAAAACCGACGUCGUUCUCGACGUAUCGAAACAAGACCCUGAGCCUCAACCUCAGCCAUGUGAUAUUCAUAUGGUUCCCAUGAAGAAACCCCACGUCGGAAUCCUUAAGUCUCCGACUCAAAGACUCGCAGGAAAAUAUGGUCCGAUGAUCUUCAGCAUGCUUCCCAAGGGAGUACCGAUACCACCUUCGGCACCUAGCAAAGGAAUCAACGACAUCAACAACUAGCUGCCACUUAUACGAAUUUGUUCUUCAUUUUUUGGUAUAGAUUUAAAAAAAUAUAUAUUUUUCCCAAUUUUUAGAUCAGUUAGUUUUUAUGGUUAUAUAAUGUACAUACAAUUAUUACAGAAUCAUAGGCUGUCUGGUUUUUUAAUUUUAUGAUUUUUAGCAAUAAAUAUAUAUAUAUAUAUUCACAUUAUUUUUGCAGAAAACAAUUACCAAAGGUUGUAUUUGUUAUUAUUUAAGGUAAUAUAUAGAAUUUUUACACCUUAUGUAUAAAUUUUGAAA